AUGAUAAAAGAGGAGAUGGACAAUAUUAUGUUAGUUAGAAAUAUUCUUGUGGAUCAUGCUUAGAGAAAGAGAAAACGCAAUAACUAUAAAAUUCGUGAGUAUAUGGUAAAAAAUAGUAAAUAUUAUUUUAGGACUUUGGUUUCGAUAUUAGUGUCAGUGCAAAGUAAUUUAAAAGCUAUCGAAAAAGAACAUUAUAUAGAAUAAUUAAGUGUAAGAAUUGA